AUGCAUUCGAAUCACUUACUCCUCGAAGAACCUAUACGCAUGGCUUCAAUUCUCCAGCCUUCGAAGCCUAGUUUCUUUCCGGCAAUGACGAAGAUUGUUGGAACGCUUGGCCCGAAAUCGAGAUCCGUGGAGGUUAUUUCUAGCUGCCUCAAAGCUGGAAUGUCUGUGGCUCGCUUUGAUUUUUCGUGGGGUGACCCCCAAUUUCACCAAGGGUCAUUGGAAAAUUUAAAGACGGCCAUCAAGGGUACAAAGAAGCUGUGUGCAGUAAUGUUGGACACUGUGGGUCCAGAGUUACAAGUUGUAAACAAAUCCAAGCAUCCCAUUUCCCUUCAGGCUGAUUCUUUUGUUGUUCUAACACCAGAUCAACAAAGAGAAGCUACUUCGGAUCAAUUGCCGAUCAAUUUUAGUGAUCUAUCAAAGGCGGUAAAGACGGGAGACACUAUUUUCAUUGGACAGUAUUUGUUUACAGGAAAAGAAACAACUUCUGUCUGGUUGGAGGUAAAAGAGGUGAAAGGGGAGGAUGUGGUGUGUCUCAUAAAGAAUUCCGCCACCUUGGAUGAGUCAUUGUACACAUUACAUGUCUCUCAAAUUCCCAUUGAUCUGCCCACCCUCACGGAUAAAGAUAAGGAGGUUAUAAGCACUUGGGGUGUUCAAAACAAUGUGGACUUCCUUUCACUGUCAUCUACCAGAAGUGCAGAAGAUGUUCGGCGUGCUCGCGAAUAUCUUUCUGAAUUGGGUAACCUCAAAGAAACUCAAAUUUUUGCCAAGAUUGAAAAUGUAGAGGGAUUAAAACAUUUCGACGAGAUACUACAAGAAGCAGAUGGUAUUAUCCUCGCUCGUGGAAAUCUAGGGAUAGAUCUCCCAGCAGAGAAGGUAUUUUUAUUUCAAAAGGCAGCUGUGUACAAGUGCAACAUGGCUGGAAAGCCAGCUGUAGUGACUCGUGUUGUGGACAGUAUGACCGACAACCUAAGACCCACUCGUGCUGAGGCCACUGAUGUUGCAAAUGCUGUGUUGGAUGGCUGUGAUGCUAUUCUUCUAGGUGCAGAAACCCUUCGAGGCUUGUACCCUGUUGAGACUAUCUCCGUUGUUGGUAAAAUUUGUGCUGAGGCGGAGAAGGUCUACAACCAAGACCUUUAUUUUAAGAGGGCUGUCAAAUAUGUUGGAGAACCGAUGACAUACCUAGAAGCAAUUACUUCCUCUGCGGUACGCGCUGCCAUCAAGGUGAAGGCAUCUGUUAUCAUUUGCUUCACUUCAUCAGGAAGAGCUGCAAGAUUAAUUGCCAAGUAUAGGCCAACAAUGCCUGUGAUAUCAGUUGUCAUUCCUCAGAUCAAGUCAAAUCAAAUCCGAUGGACAGUUAGUGGUGCUUUUCAGGGGCAAGGGAAGGGAGGUGGGGGCAGAUUCGGCAGAAGAAACCUUCUUUCAACUUAA